AUGUCGCGGAAAAUUUCCGCACGUUGGACGCCAUCUAUUGUAGAGCGUUUCCUUCUUAUCCUCGCAACAUUUCUUUGUUUGUCGAACGUGAUAGCUAUCGAUCGUGGCCUAUCUAAAGAUUUUGCUAACGCCUGGAAGGACUUUUCGACCGAUUGCUCGGCAGAAGAACCAAAAAAUCUUUCGGUAUCGUGUCAGGGAGUCAGGAUUGUCAGACAAGUCGUUCAGCAACUUCUCGAGAACUCCAGCAAAGAACCGGAUAUAGAGAUCUUCGAUGGAAUUAGUCUGGUUGAAGUGGAGGACGCAAGUUCCUCGCGAAAAGGAAGAUUCCUCAAAGACUUCGGUAGUAUGACGCCAUUGCUACAAUUUCUUGAAGGUCGAGAGUUAAGGGUGAAGUUGCCAAAAUUAUUACCGCAAAAUUUUGAGACAGUUUUUGAGAAGACUAUGACCGCUUCAAUGAUCGCACGUGGCGGAGGAGGUUUGGGUGGAGGCGGAGGAGGAGGUGGUGGUGGUAAAAAGGGUGGCAGUGGAUUAAUGAUAAUGGCUCUAAUGAUGGGUAAAAUGAUGGCUGCCAUGGGAUUUGGUGCACUUGGUCUUUUAACGAUGAAGGCAUUAAUGGUGUCCGGUCUUGCUCUGAUGCUGUCCAUAAUCAUCGCUGUGAAGAAAUUAGCCAGUAGUGGAGACGACGGAGGUGGACACCACGUUGUUUACGCGCAAGAAGUCGGUCAUCAUCAUCGCAAGAAACGUAGUAUGUCCGAGGAGAACGAUGACAUUCUCAACUUGCCUUACAGAGGCUACGCAAAUCUUUACGGAGAUCUGAAGGGGUCCUGACGCGACAACCAAUUUCACAAUUAGUAGAAUCGUUUAUAAGACUUAAGACAUGCUUCGACGUGUACGAGCGAGGAUAAUGACGAAACGACUUUAAAUAGACGGCAACGUUACGAACAUAGUGACAAAGACAUUAACAAUGACAACAUGGACCAAUGAUUGGAAAUUGACUUUACACGACAACCGACGACGAACUUUAAAGAUUUCUUCAACGAUCACAAACGACUCGUAACGAGCAAGAACGAAUACCGACAAACGAACCAAAGUAUACGAUCAAUCUUUAUUUAUUUUUUUCUUUUAUUUCUUCUUAUUUAUUUCUUUUUUCUU